UCCGUCGAGUUCUUGUGUUAGUUCCCACCGAGUCUUCGUCCUCCUUGACUUCUCGCCUGUCGGAUUCUUCCCGAUCCAAAAUGCCGAUCGGCAAGCUCGAAGUCCUCCUCGUGGGAGCCAAGGGGUUGGAGAACACGGAUUUCCUCUGUAACAUGGAUCCCUAUGUGGUCAUUACAUGCCGUACACAGGAACAGAAAAGUAGUGUUGCGUCAGGAAAAGGAACUGAACCAGAAUGGAAUGAGACAUUUUUGUUCAACCUUUCUGAAGGAGUCUCUGAAAUUUCCCUUAAGAUAAUGGAUAGUGACAAUCUCUCUGAUGAUGACUUUGUUGGACAAGCCAGCAUCCCUUUGGAACCUUUAUUCACUGAGGGAAGCCUUCCUCCGGCAGUUUAUAAUGUGGUCAAGGAACAAAGAUACUGUGGAGAAAUCAAAGUAGGACUGAACUUCAUUCCAGAGGAACCAAGAUAUACUGAAAGGUGUUUCGAGCAAGAGGACUUCGGCGGCUGGAAGGAAUCAUCAUAAAAGAACUGUACUACGCCAAUUUUGGGUUUCUGAACGUUUGGAAUGAACAUUGUGUUGAAUUAAUCUUUCUCUCUCUCUCUCUCUCUCUCUUUCUCUCACAUAUGAUCGAUCUGAUGGAUAUCGGGAAAGAGAGCUGAAGGAAUCCUCAUAAAAGAACUGUAGCAUGCUAACUGUGGAUUUUUGAACAUUUGGAAUGAACAUUGUGUUGAAUUUA